ACAAACAUUUCCUGCCUGGAGUUCCUCCACUUUCCUGCUAUUGCAAGAUUUCACUCUUUUGGAAAAACAGACAACAAUCAGUUCCAGCUCUUCAGUUUCAAAGCUUUCAGUACUUCAUCAUAAUACCUCUUAAUUAAAACCUAAGUAAUAGCACAUCAUAAAUGAUGCAGUUUAUAGGAAAGCUGUUUGGAGAUUAUGGAUGAUAAGCCAAAUCCUGGAACCCUGAAUGAGAGUUCAGAACUUCUUUUCUCCUUUGGAGUUAUAGCAGAUAUUCAAUAUGCUGAUUUAGAAGAUGGCUAUAAUUUCCAAGGAAACAGACGGAGAUACUACAGACAUAGUCUUCUUCACUUACGGGGUGCCAUUGAAGACUGGCAUAAAGAAAGCAGGGCACCCUGCUUUGUGCUUCAGCUUGGCGACGUCAUCGAUGGAUACAAUGCUCAGUAUAAAGUAUCAGAAAAGUCACUCGAACUUAUUAUGAGCACAUUCAAAAUGCUUCAAGUCCCGGUUCAUCAUACUUGGGGAAAUCAUGAAUUCUAUAACUUCAGCAGAGACUAUUUAACAAACUCCAAACUUAACACAAAGUUUCUACAAGACCAGAUUGUACACCAUCCUGAGACCAUGCCUUCAGAGAGUUAUUAUGCUUAUCAUUUUGUACCAUUCCCUAAAUUCCGGUUUAUUUUACUUGAUGCUUAUGACUUGAGUGUCUUGGGCGUAGAUCAGUCUUCCUCAAAAUACCAGCAAUGUAUGAAGAUACUGAAGGAGCAUAAUCCAAAUACGGAAUUGAAUAGUCCGCAAGGGCUUUCUGAGCCCCAGUUUGUCCAGUUUAAUGGAGGAUUCAGUCAAGAACAGCUGAACUGGUUGAAUGAAGUUCUUACCUUCUCUGACACAAACCAAGAAAAGGUGGUGAUCGUGAAUGACAUCUAUAUUUAAGGAAAUCAAUGAGAUUGGAUUUCAGCUCAGCAUCUGCCUGAUUUCUGGCUGGCUUUGCAGACUGAAUUACACAGGAAGCCCUCAAGCUGUCUGAUUGCUUAUGCAUCUUGAGACUUUGUAUAGGCCACAGAGCUCUCAGGGUUUCUGUCUUUACAGUAUCCUCUUUACCUCUCAUAUGGGAACUGUCUAACCCUUUUCCUAUGCUCCAGAGACAUAGCUAUAGAUUACACAGUUCUUCAUGUAUCUGGAUCCUCUCUAAUCUCAACCAUUUGGAUAAUGAGGUAGUGAUAUGCAUCUUUUUUCUUGAGUACUAGUUUUUAGCCAUUUAUCUUGAUGAAAGAGAUAUUUCUUAAUUGGUUCAUAACUCUUGUCUUCUUUAAUAGGCCAUCUUCCCAUUUACCCAAACUCCUCGGACAGUGUGUGUCUUGCCUGGAAUUACAGAGACGCCCUUGCCAUCAUUUGGUCUCAUGAGUGUGUGGUGUGUUUCUUUGCUGGUCACACUCACGACGGUGGGUACU